UAUUUGAAGUACGGUAAAGAUUAUCGAUUAUAAUAAAUUAGGAACGAGGCCCUUUUAAUUAAUCAGAUGAUGCUAACAAUGAGAUAAUAAUGUGUUAGUAGUAAUAAAGUUUCCGGUCUCACGUGAACAUGUUGACAGUUUGAAUUGAGGUGGGCAUCUCUGUCACAGAACAAUGCGCUGGCGAUCGCGGACGAGUCGCACCGCGCUUGUAACGUGCCAAAGUUUUCAAAACAUAACCGACGGUCGAUUGUUUCAAUUAAAAAAAUCACUACAAAGCGAACAAACAUAAGGCAAUAUUCACAAACAUCGUGGCUAAAUUCCGCCCGUGAACGGCGUGUCAACAAUUGCUGUAGUAACGCGAUAGUUUUCUUCACAUACGUAUAAUUGAAAAAAUGUAGUUGGUGUUGUGUUUCGUUGUGAUAUUAAAGUUUACAUCUGGAUUGUGUUCGAGUAACAUAAUGCUGAACAAAAACGUAAUAAAAUUCAUAUUAUUAUUUACCGCUGCAGUGGCAGUUCAAUUUCCAAACAAUCCAACUUCAGCAAUGUCGGCUGAUGAAAGAUUGUUUUUAGGAGAAAAUAAAAAAAGCGAACAAUCAAAUGAGAGUGGUCAUGAAAUGGAAAUUGAUGUUGAAGAUAAUAAGAAAUUUUUAGAUGAUGCCAUGAAAGCAGUUUUAGAUCCUGCAACAGUAAUUAUAAAAAAUGACGAUAUAGUUGACAAUUUCAAAGUUCAAGUAGACGAAAUAGAUAAAGAAAAUACUACUUUAGAAAUAUUUAUCGAAGAAAUGGAUAAGCUUAGCUUAGAAGUAUGCAAAGCAUCACAAGAAUCUUUAUGGGCUUUCGUUACAGAUAUUAGUAGUGACUAUAAGAAGAGAAAAAUGAUUCGUAUAGCUGCAGCAGAAGAUGAAAUCAAGAAAAAGUAUUGGAUGAUAUUAAAGAAAAAAUAUGUAGACGAUCAGAGAUUUGCAAAUGAUUUAAAAUUAAAAAGAAAAUUUAGAAUUAUUAAAGAACGUGGUACUAAUGUUCAAAUGCCGCAAACUAUACAAAGAGAGGAAAUAGAUACAAUGCAGCGUAUUUGGAGUCGGAGUACGGUAUGCGCCUUCAAUGCGACUGUUUGUGACAACGAGAAUGCUACUCGAACAAUGAGCGAUAUCAUUUCAAUAUUUAAAACAGGUAACGAUACCAAAGAACUGGUAUAUUAUUGGAAAGCCUACCGAGACGCAACUGGAAGAAAAAUCCAGCCCAUCUUUAGAGAUUAUGUAGCAAAAAUGAAUGAAGUUGCGACUGCAGAAAAUUUCACCGAUGCAGGUGAAAUGUGGCGAUAUGCAUUUGAGGAUGAAGACUUUAUUGGGACUGUUGACAGACUUUGGAGAGAAAUUAAACCUUAUUAUGACAAUUUGCAUAGUUAUGUUAGAGCUAAACUAAAGACAUACUACAAGAAAGAGUUAAAAGAUGAAAACAAGCUAAUUCCAGCUCAUAUUUUAGGUAAUUUGUGGGCUCAAGAAUGGCAGGCGACUUAUACGAAAGUAGCGCCAUAUCCUGACGUUGCAAGAGCGUCAGUCGAUGAAAACGAUACUAUACUAUCAAAUGAUCUUUUUAAUGCAGUUGAUGAUUUUCAUCAAUCGCUUGGUUUUGAUAGUUCAAAAGAUACAUAUGAAAAUAUUAAAGAGCCUAUACCUACUGUCAAUUGCUUACCGUCUAGCCAUGAUAUGUGUGACGGUGUUAACUACAAGAUAAAAUGGUGUGGUGAGAAGGUAUUUGAUAUAACCGUAGAACUGUCAAGAGCAGCCAGACUUCUGGGACAUAUUCAAUAUUUUAAGCACUAUCGGAAUCUCCAACCACUCUACAGAGACGGACCAAAUCCUGCCUUCCACGAUGCAAUCUCCGACAUCGUAGCGGUGCAGCUAACCUCGCCGAAGAAUUUGCAAACCUUGAGCUUCGUGAAGGUGACGACCGGUGUCGAAUCUACGAUCAACCACUUGUUUUGGCUUGCACUCGAGAAAUUCCCGUUGAUGGCAUACGCGUAUGUUCUUGAUAAAUGGCGAUGGGAUAUCUUUGCUAAUAAUAGCAUGAAAAACUGGAAUAAGCACUGGUGGGAUCUCAGGGUAAAAGAGACUGGUAUAUCGUCUCCUAUUCCGCGCAAUGAAAGAGACUUGGAUCCUGCUGCCAAGUACCAUGUGGUAUCUCACGUUCAAUAUAUUACAUACUUCAUUUCUCAUAUUCUGGAGUUUCAAGUAUUAUUAUCACUAUGCAAGAAAGCAAAUCACACAGGACCUCUACACGAAUGCUCCAUAUAUGGCGAUAAGGAAGCAGGAAAACUAUUGAGCGAUGGAAUGUCUCUCGGAGCUAGCGAAGAUUGGCGAACGGUGUUGCAUACUAUGACAGGAGAAAAUGAACUUUCUUCAAGAGGUAUUAUAGAGUAUUUCUCAGGACUUAAUGUUUUUCUCAAGGACGAAACCGCUAAACUAGUAAGGGCCGAAGAAGAUAUGGACUCGAGUGCUCCCAUUAUUGUUGGAAUUAUUGUUGUUAUUUUAACGUUAUUUAUGUUCAUACUAUACUGUGUGAAGAAAAGAGAUGCAGCUAGUAGAUUAUUUUCUCUAUGUGGAUUAAGUAAAAAUGGUUCAUUAGACAUAGCUACGAAUGAGCUCUCGCAAUGUAAGACCAAUGAGAGCGCCGUUGGAGUAAGUGAAGCCAAGUUGUGAAUUAUAGAUAGAUAUUUAUAACGCUGAUUGUUCAUUUAUAUAAAUGUUUAAAUUAAAAUUAAUCUUUUUCGGUUACCAUUCCCAAUUAUAAUUGCAAUAACUGAAUAUAUAUGUUGAAAUUCUUAAAAGUUAAUUGCAAUUAACAUUCAAUAAACUUUUAUUUUUACUCUCUA